AUGCCCUCGAAGAAGAUGACGGCGAAGAAAUCCACCGGGGGUUCAGCCCCCCGCGUGGUCAUCACGCUUGAGGCUGCAGACGACGUCUCAGACGCAUCGCAGAGCGAUGAGAUGGACGUAGCGUCCGACGGUUCUCACCAUAACGACAGCCAAAUUCGCUCGUCUGCUGCAGCGAAUGUCCGCGUGUCGUCUGCGUCAAUUGCAUGGACAUACCUGCCGCGUUCCAGCACGCCGUCCUGGCCGAUGACGUCCUUUUCCAAUCAAGAGAGCAGGCGGCGGCAAGAGAACGGUCCAAGUCGCUUGCCAUACUUUGGUUUCCACUACUCCGACGGACGGCCGGUACUGGACAGGUUCCUGAACAUCCGCGCCACCCUGGAGCUGUCCCUCCGCGCCCAAAUAUCCUCAGCCCCCGUUCUCUUCGUUCACUUGAAGAUAGUAGACUACGACGCUACGGGAGGGUCGUUCGAUCUCGCGUACGAUUUCCUCAAGCCGUACUUCCCGUGCGGCGGGCUCGAGCGUCGCGAGGUGACGUUUGACAUCGCCACGACCGCGAAGGCCGCAAACUAUCAGCGAUCCGUAGAUAGCAUGGUACGCGCUCUCAAGGAGCAAGGCAAGUGGGACCGCGUGGUGAUAGGCAUCUCGACCACACGGACAACGACAACGGCGACCCCAUUCGCAGGAUACGACGGGAAAAAAGAUUCAUCGCUGCACGCGUCGAUAAUAUAUCAUUCUCAAACCGUGGCAGGGGCCUCGUCGAUCACGCGUCCGAAUCAUACUUAUGGUUCUUUUGCUGCGGUUGGCCUAUUCAACAACAUCGAGUCGUUCAAAACCUUGCAGACGUCUAUCUUCGCAUUUGCGCUUCUAACCGAGUUCUAUUCCAGUCACCGUAUGAGCGCCGCUGUUGCAUUUACCGCGCCUCGCUUCCAGCCUAGUUUUACAUCGCAUCUCCUUCUUGCGUUCGCUGAGAUC